GCCAGCUUGCCACUGCAACUUGGAUUCUCUUUUCUCUCUUCUCUUCUUCUUCUUCUUCAAGUGGCGACUUCAUUUUCUCUUUCGUUUCGCUUGAAACCGUAACCAACCACCUCAAUUCAGUUACGUAACUACGUUGUUUCCGUUAUGGCCGGUACAACACCUUCUAACGGCAAGCGCUCUCACUCUCACUCCGACUACGAAACCAACAACACCACCAGCAACAGCUACGGCGGAAACAAGCGCCGGAACCCUAGCGCCGCCGAGGACAGGGAUCAGCUACCUUCCGACGACACUGGCACUGUGUACCGCUAUCUCUGCCCCGUUCGUAAGAUCGGCAGCGUCAUCGGCCGCGGCGGCGACAUUGUGAAGCAACUCAGGGCUGAAACGAAGGCAAAGAUUCGGAUCGGUGAGACCGUUCCAGGAUGCGAGGAGCGAGUGGUUAUGAUAUACAGUGUUUCAGAUGAGACGAAUGAGUUCGAGGAUAGCGGCGAUUUUGUGUCGCCGGCGCAGGAUGCGCUGUUUAGGGUUCACCAAAGAGUGCUCGCUGAAGACUUGCGCGGCGGCGGUGGCGAUGACGAAGAUGAUUAUUGCGGUGAUGAGGAUGAUAGAGAGAAGCACGUGACUGCUAGGCUCUUGGUGCCGUCGGAUCAGAUCGGUUGCGUCAUCGGAAAAGGGGGCCAGAUUGUUCAAAGCAUCAGGAGUGAGACCGGUGCGCAGAUUCGGAUCCUUAAGGACGAGCGGUUGCCUGGUUGCGCCUUGAGCAACGAUGAACUUGUGCAGAUAUCUGGAGAUGCUGUGGUGGUGAAGAAAGCUCUGUAUAAAGUUGCAUCCCAACUUCAUGAUAACCCGUCACGGUCUCAGCAUCUGCUUACUUCUGCUCCUCCUGGUGCUUAUGCAAAUAGUGCUUCACUCAUGGGUCCAACCGCAGGGAUUGUGGGAGUAGGUCCUCUUGUGGGUGCUUAUGGUGGAUAUAAGAGUGAUGCUGGAGACUGGUCACGGUCCAUGUAUUCAGCUCCAAGGGAUGAAGCUUCUUCAAAAGAAUUCUCAGUACGGUUUGUUUGUCCAACUGCUAACGUUGGAGGGGUGAUAGGAAAAGGUGGUGCUAUAAUAAAUCAAAUUAGGCAGGAGUCUGGGGCAACAAUCAAAGUUGAUAGUUCAGCAACUGAAGGAGAUGACUGCUUAAUAACCAUUUCAACAAAAGAGUACUUUGAAGAUUCAUUCUCUCCAACAAUAGAUGCAGCUGUGCGUUUACAACCACGGUUCAGUGAGAAAGUUGAAAGAGAUUCAGGGGUGAUCUCUUUCACUACACGAUUUCUGGUGUCAGCUUCAAGGAUCGGUUGCCUUAUUGGUAAAGGUGGAUCAAUAAUAGCUGAAAUGAGGAGGUUUACAAAAGCUAACAUUCGCAUACUAUCAAAAGAAAAUCUUCCUAGAAUUGCGUCUAAAGAUGAUGAAAUGGUGAUGAUUUCUGGGGACCUUGAUAUUGCCAAGGAUGCUCUUAUACAUGUUCUUACACGGUUGAAAGCAAACCUUUUUGAUAAGGAGCGUGCUGUGCCUGCAUUCCCUCCAGCACUUACAUAUCUCCCUGUUUCAGCUGAUGCACCAGAUGGUUCUAGCUAUGACAGUAGAGAUGGUAAACCACACGGACGUGUCCAUUCAUUUUCAAGUGGGUAUGGAGGUGUAAGUGAUUUGCCUUCUGGGGACGCUUAUGGAAGCUAUGGAGGUUCACAGCGUGGUAACAGCAGUGCUUAUGGAGCAUAUGGAAAUUAUUCUUUGGGACGGAGUAGUGCAUCUGGGUUGUCUAAUCAGGGCAGUGCUUCUCGGAGGAGAAACCAUGGUUACUAAAAUUUGUCAGUCGAUGCAGGUGUUAAUCGUGUCAAAAACAAGUGAGGUUGUGCCGCAUCACUUGACUGAAAAUUCAUAUAGUUUUUGAGUAUUCGGAUGUGGUGAGUUGAAGGUUCAGAAGGUGUUUCACAUACGCAGUGACUCUACUAAUGAAGCUCAGAGACAUAAUAUACAUUUACUUUGACCAACUAAGGCAAUACAAUUUGCAGGGCGUAGCUUGCAUGGAUUUAGUGACACGGAGAAAUGGCCUUUGUUGCUUUUUUGUUCUGAUUUGUCAAAAUGGUGCUUGGUUGGUCUAUUUUUAAACUCUGCAUCUGGAGCAUCAUAUUCUUUUGGUUGAGCUUAUUUAGAAUUCAGCUGCAUUUGAGAGCUUAUUAGUUAUUACACUAGGUUUCUUUUUAUUUUAGAAUUUCAUCCUGAAUGAGAGGUGUCAUUGGACACCCGCACAGAUAAGUUGGUUUAUAGAUAUGUUAGCAUAUGAUCCGUUACAUUAACUGUACUCAGCUUAAUUUUUUUUGGAUUAAUUUGACAGGUUUAGUAUGCAAGCGUUGGCCAUUUUAGCAUGCAAGGUUGCAUGGUGUAACUCAGUUGCAGCAGCAAAUGCAAUGCACAGUUCUAAAAUGAAUUUUUUAAAAA